CAGCGCACCCUCCCCCUUGUACCCCAGCCGCUAAGAUGGCUGGUGGUGGGCGGUAAGGCGGUGCGGGGCUGCGGAGCAGCUGACGGGACGGGAGCGCGGAGGGCGGGCGGCGUGUGCCCGUGUGCGGAGUCGCGCAGCGCCAUGUCCGCCUUCGCCCUGGAGGAGACGCUGGAGGCCGACUGGGUGGCCGUCAGGCCGCACGCCUUCCAGGAGCGGGAGAAGCACAAGUUCGCCUUCAUCGUGGCCUGGAACGAGAUCGAGGGCAAGUUCGCCAUCACCUGCCACAACCGCACGGCGCAGCGCCAGCGCAGCGGCUCCCGUGAGCUGCGCCGCGGCGGCCCCGAGACCGGAGCCGUCCCCAAGGCUGGCGGCCCCGCGGUGCGCAGGGACCCGGGGCCGCCCCGGGGCUGCGCCCAUCCCCGGGCCGAGGCGCUGCCCAAGAGCCCGCUGCGCCCCAAGGGCAGCCCGGCCCGGAGGCCGCAGCGCGGCCCGGAGGCGUCAGGUGCCGUCGAGGAGAUCGAAGUGCUGGAGCUGGGGAAGGAGGACGUGGCCGCCGCGCUGUCGCUGCCGCCCUCGCCGCCGCGGGCGAGCGAGUUGGGCGCUCCUGACGCGGAGCCGGCGGGGGAGGAGUGCAGCUGGGCCGGCCUGUUCUCCUUCCAAGACUUGCGGGCCGUGCACCAGCAGCUGUGCUCGGUGAACUCGGAGCUGGAGCCCUACCUGCCUGCCUUCCCCGAGGAGCCCUCGGGCAUGUGGACGGUGCUUUUCGGAGCGCCGGAACUAUCCGAGCAGGAGAUGGACGCUCUCUGCUACAAUCUGCAAGUUUACUUGGUUCACAGCUUGGAUACCUGUGGCUGGAAGAUCCUUUCGCAGGUGCUCUUCACCGAGACCGACGACCCCGAAGAGUAUUACGAGAGUCUGAGUGAGCUGCGACAGAAGGGGUACGAGGAGGUGCUCCAGAGGGCCCGCAGGCGCAUUCAGGAGCUUCUGGAAAAACAUAAGAAUACAGAAAGUAUGGUAGAGCUCCUUGAACUGUACCAAAUGGAAGAUGAAGCCUACAGUAAUCUUGCAGAAGCAACCAUGGAGCUCUACCAGUACUUACUGCAACCAUUCCGAGAUAUGAGGGAGCUUGCGAUGCUUAGAAGACAGCAGAUAAAGAUCUCAAUAGAGAAUGACUACCUGGGUCCCAGAAGAAUUGAGAGUCUGCAAAAAGAAGAUGCUGAUUGGCAGAAAAAAGCUCACAUGGCUGUGCUUUCUAUUCAAGAUCUUACAGUUAAAUAUUUUGAAAUAACAGCUAAAACACAAAAAGCUGUGUAUGAUCGAAUGCGAGCAGACCAGAAAAAAUUUGGUAAGGCAGCAUGGGCAGCAGCAGUGGAACGUAUGGAAAAGCUUCAGUAUGCAGUUUCUAAGGAGACUUUGCAGUUGAUGCGUGCUAAAGAAAUCUGUUUGGAGCAGAAGAAACAUGCACUCAAAGAGGAGAUGCAGAGUCUGAAAGGGGGUACAGAAGCAUUAGCCCAUUUGGACCACUUAGAAGCUGAUUACUAUGAUCUACAGCUUCAGUUAUAUGAAGUGCAGUUCGAGAUUUUGAAAUGUGAAGAGUUGCUACUGACAGCACAGCUUGAAAGUAUCAGAAGAUUGAUGUCAGAGAAGAGAGAUGAAGUGGUGUAUUAUGACACUUAUGAAAGUAUGGAAGCCAUGCUUGAAAAAGAGGAUAUGGCAACAUCUGUGCACUUGCAAAAAGAGGAGCUGCAAAAGUUACAACAAAAAAUCCGCCAGCUGGAAGCAAGGCGUGGACGUAUUUCAGCCAAGAAAGCCUACCUCAGAAAUAAGAAGGAGAUCUGUAUUGCAAAGCAUAAUGAGAAGAUCCAGCAACGUCACCAGAGUGCGGAGGGGUACAAAAUGCACCAUACUGUUCAGAUGAAACGAGAUCAGUUGCAAGAUGAAGAGGAAAGAAAGAGCUCCUGGGUUAGUCAGGAGCGACAGAAAACCCUAGACAGACUUCGUACAUUUAAGCAGCGGUAUCCUGGGCAAGUAAUACUUAAAUCAACCAGACUACGGCUGGCCCAUGCAAGAAGAAAAUGUGCAGCCAGCUCAGUGCCCUGUGUCGAGCAGCCUCAGUCUUUGCCAGCAACCAUACAAAUCCCAGACAAGAGUGAGGAGGUGGAAUUGGAAAAAGCAGUUCAGCCUUUGCAAGUGCAGGAAUCCACAAGCCUAAAAAAACUUCAAGAAGUCUCUUUGCCUCCUAAUGGUGUUACCUCUGAACUGCCCCAUGUUAGCACUUCUCCACUCACCAGUGACCAGCUUCAACCAGAGACUGCUACUGGAGUGCAGCUUCCACCCCCUUUGCCUCCGCCACCUCCACCUCCACCUUUGCCCUCCAAGGAAGAUGCCACCAAAUCCUUAGAGCAAAGUGACAGCUUUGUUAAACGUCAGAGUGUGGAGAAGGGAGUCCAGCACUCUUCUGGUGUCCCGCCAGCACACCUGUUCGAUAGCAGUCAGCUAGUCAGUGCCAAGAAGAAGCUUAAGAAAACUGGUGAUCUAGAGGGUUUACAGAGGAGGAGAGUGAGUUCCCCGAUGGAUGAAGUGCUGGCUUCCUUGAAACGUGGCAGCUUUCACUUAAGAAAAGUUGAGCAGAGAAGUCUCCCUCCUUUUCCUGAUGAAGAUGAUAGCAAUAACAUCUUGGCGCAGAUCAGGAAAGGGGUGAAACUGAAGAAAGUACAGAAAGAUGUUUUGAGAGAAUCCUUUACAAUUCUGCCUGAUACUGACCCUCUGACAAGGAGCAUCCAUGAAGCAUUGCGAAGGAUUAAGGAAGCAUCACCUGAGUCAGAGGAUGAAGAGGAGAGUUUGCCUUGCACAGACUGGGAAAACUAACCUGUGCUUGACAGCCACCAACGUGCAAAAAGAAACCCCAGUUGAAGAUUACUUUUCAUCUGCAUUUCUGAGAAUUCAGAGCCAGCAGUUAUGACCAUCAGUUCCACAGGAGGCUUUCUUUGGCAAAGAAAUAGUCUUUCUUUGGCAAAUAACUCAGUACGUGGAAAAAAAUGGCCUGAAAUGUUAAUUUCAAGUCACUUUUUUCUUUAUUUGUUCAGACAAAUUCUGGUUUGGGCACAAAGCUAAGUUGUUAAGGACAUGCAUUUUAUACUAUCAAGAAUGCCCAAUUCUUAAGCACUUUUUAUAUUUGCGUUAGUAAUGUACGGCCAGUUAAGUGAGGGGGCCAUUUUGAGUUGGGAGACCAUUUGCUGUUAGAGUAACUUUGGGGUUCCAAACCAGCUGUAAAAUGGCCCCUUCACUGCACUGAAUAUCUCAUGUGCUUGAAAAUUCAACUAAAUGACUCCCUGUAGAGAAGCUUGCUGUGUAGCAGUCUGAUAUUCCAGAAAGAGAAUUCCUAGUUGCACUACAGUAGCUGAAAUUCAGUAACAUGCAACUAAGACUUUUUUUCUUCUUAGCUUGAAGAAGCAUAUAUCAGUAUGAAAAGCAACAAGUGACCACAGCACAAUGAAAAUUAGGAGUUGAAUUCAGUACAUAUUCAAAAAUAUGUUUGUUUCCAUCAUGAUAUAUUUAGCAAGACAUACUGCAGCACCUUUUUAGAAGGUCAUGUUUAGUCUGACAUCUUUUUAAAAGUAGACAUUUUCAUGCUUUUUAAAAAUAUUUCGCUAUGCUGAACCAAGUUAGUUAUACUUUUAUCAUUUGUUAUAAGAAGCAAUAUUUUGUAAUUUCAUACUUAAAAAUAUUUUUCUCUUUUGGUUUAAAAUGGCUUUUGAUUAGUCUAAGCAGCCUUCUUUAAAAAAGAUCAAAGCACUUAAGCAUUCUGAUAGUUGAGUUGUGAAAAUCAUGCUAUUCUUGCUGGUUUUCAUUAUUCCCUUUAGUGGCUGCGAAAAUGUUUGUAUUUCAUACCCAAAAGCCUACUGGCUGAAAGAAAUUUCUUUUGAUUCUGACUGUUUUAUUUUUAAAGGAGAGUUACAACUUCCUCUGCAGUGAAUACUUAGGAAUAGUCCUAAACCUCAUGACUAAUGGCUGCAGGCAGCUACUCUUAGGAUACCACAGUACCAAGAGGUAUGUCAUACAGAGAUACAAGUAGCCUUGUACCACCUAAAAACCUCAUGUGGUAUUAAAAAUCAGCCCGUUACACUUCUAGGAAAGCUGAAUUUCCACUAGCAUUUUGUUUUUACUAGUGUAACAUACACUGUGUUUGAGAAAUACACAGUCCCUGUCCUUUGUGUUGUGUGGUCCAUUCACUGUUCCUCUUUUGACAGAUAAACUACUUUAUGGGGAUCUGGGUUCUUUUAAGUGGAGUUACUCAUUGCUGCUGUCGUGUAAUGGAACACGUACUGUGUUAACAUUUUUAACAGGGGAUUUCACGUCUUGCCGUUUACUUACAGAGAGAGGAGCAGGAGACCUUACCUUAGCAAUAGGCUGUGUAAUCUAAAGGAACCUCAGUUCUGGGACCCUUCAGUCUAUUGAAGAUGUUUUGCUGUGGCUGUCCAAAAAUUAAAGCUCUGUCAAACA